CCCAGUCAGACGACAUAUAGGGCGAUGCGGAAGUCAUAGUUCCGUUAACUUCAGUUGAUUCCGUUUAGUCUGAAAUUUGUGGUAGCGGUAGAACAGUCACACGCUUUCACAUCGCAACACCUCGACUGAACCGUCUGUGCCUCAUCCACAAAAAGGAGAAUCAUGAACAGCAACUACAGCGUCUCCCUGGGUGGCCCCGCCCCCUGGGGCUUCAGACUGCAGGGAGGAAAGGACUUCUGUCUGCCCCUCACUAUCUCACGGCUGACCGAUGGGGGCAAAGCAGCCAAAGCCAAAAUGAGUGUGGGAGAUGUAGUUCUGUCUAUCGACGGAAUCGCCACCAACGGCAUGAACCACCUGGAGGCCCAGAACAAGAUCAAAGCCUGCACUGACAACCUCAACCUCACCCUGCAGAAAGCUUCCAGUGUUCCCAAGGCUGAUACACCAAAGGACGAGCCACUGGAGAUCAUUAAGCCUGUGCCAAUCACCCAUCCAGCGCCGCCCUUCACCAGCCCCUCCCCCCAACCCGGUGCUGCCUACAACAAGACGGCCCGCCCCUUUGGCGGGGGCAGCAGUGUGGGUGCAGUCACUUCCUCCCUGACCGCCCCAAAGGUGGCCUCCAUCCCCUCUGCAUCGUCUGCUUUCACCCCCGCCGCCCCCUCCUCCCAGCAGCCCCAGCCUCCCUUCCCACUAGCUAGCCGCUCCCCAGCCCCACCAAGCACGGCCCCACCCCCCAGACCCGACUCUGGCCGUUCCCCCUUCACCACCCCCUCCUCCACUUCCUCCUCUUCUGCCUCAUCCUCCCCGGCCAGAGUGACAGCCCCCUCCUCCCAGCAGCCCCAGCCUCCCUUCCCACUAGCUAGCCGCUCCCGCUCCCCAGCCCCACCAAGCACGGCCCCACCCCCCAGACCCGACUCUGGCCGUUCCUCCUUCACCACCCCCUCCUCCACUCCCUCCUCUUCUGCCUCAUCCUCCCCGGCCAGAGUGACAGCCCCCUCCUCCAAUCCCGGUGCUCCGCAGUCCUCUUGCUAUAACACGCCAAUAAACCUGUACUCCAAUGCCAAUGCCUGUGAGGUGGCCAUAGGACAGAGGCGGGGCCUGUUGGAAGCCCAGGGUGUGGUGGUCGACCAGAUCAAAGAACAGUUUAAUGGAGUCCCCCCAAAGACUGGCCCUAGGAGGAACAGAGUUGAACCAGACUUGACCCACGCCUCGCCCCUCAGCGAGGCCAGUAAGAAGCGUCUGAUCGAGGACACAGAGGACUGGCAUCCUCGCACCGGAACCUCCCAAUCCAGGUCCUUCAGAAUCCUGGCUCAGAUCACCGGCACAGAGAAAGACCAAGCCCAGGAGAACAGCGCUGGAAAGAAUAAAGUUGUUGAGAAUGCCCAGCCCAGUGGCCACAUCACAACAUCAGUGAAGACCAUGACCAAAGUCCCAGGAGCCCCCAGGAAUGGCAGCAGUGUCCCGCCACCCACCUCCAAGACCCCGUCUGCCCAGGUCAAACCCUCCUGGCCAGCUGGAGGCUCAACAGGUUUCUCUAAGGGUGGCGCUGCGCCCUCUUUUGGGAGGGUCAGCAACACUGCACCAGUACCCACAGUACCCAAAGUUUCUGACCGCCCUGCCCCCCAGGCGCACCCUAAGGAUCAGAACUCCCUGGUACAGCGGGCCGAACACAUCACAGCGGGAACACGCACGCCCAUGUGUGGCCACUGUGACAAGGUCAUCAGAGGUCCUUUCCUGGUGGCCAUGGGCAUGUCCUGGCACCCUGAGGAGUUUAACUGUUCCCACUGCCACAUGUCUCUGGUGGAGUCUGGCUUUGUGGAGGAGAGGGGAACAGUGUACUGUGCUCACUGCUAUGAGAAGUUCUUUGCCCCUACCUGCACCAGCUGCAAGCAGAAGGUCCUGGGGGAAGUCAUCAAUGCCCUGAAGCAGACAUGGCAUGUGUACUGCUUCCUGUGUGCGUCCUGCCAGCAGCCAAUCGGAAACAACACCUUCCACCUGGAGGACGGGCUGCCAUACUGUGAAAGAGACUACUAUCAACUCUUUGGUACCAGUUGCCAUGGUUGCGACUUUCCCAUCGAGGCAGGAGACAAGUUUCUGGAGGCGUUGGGAUUCACCUGGCAUGAUACCUGCUUCGUGUGUGCAGUCUGCAACACCAGUUUGGAGGGCCAAGCCUUCUUCUCUAAAAAGGACAAGGCUCUGUGCAAGAAACAUGCCAAUACAGUCCAGAUCUGACCCACCCUCAGGAGUGAAGAACAGAGUUGUUGAUAUUUUUAGUAGUUUUAAAAGAUUGAUUUACCUGAUUAUGACUUUUAUUAACAUAUGUUUAGUUAUGGGGAGUUAAGCUUUAUUUCAUCUUCUCUGGUGUGUGUGUGUGUGUGUGUGUGUGUGUGUGUGUGUGUGUGUGUGUGUGUGUGUGUGUGUGUGUGUGUGUGUGUGUGUGUGUGUGUGUGUGUGUGUGUGUGUGUGUGUGUGUGUGUGUG